GCUCAAUGUUAAUGUUUGACGAGGAGGAAGAAGGGCCCUGGCUUCUAUUUCUCUUAGACAACAGAACCACAGCCUUUCAGUUCUACUUUUACUCAGACACUUGUUUGCUGCUCCUUGAAGGAACUAAACGGUUUAAUCUGAGACAGAACGAUAGAAAACAUGGAGGUGCUGGUGCUGGUCGAUUUUGAGGCCUCCAUGGGCGACGAGCUGACCGUGAAGAUUGGAGAUGUGGUCAAAAAUGUCACCAAGGCCACGGACGAAGGAUGGCUGCAGGGAGAGCUGCAGGGGAAGAGGGGCAUUUUCCCGUCAAACUUUGUCAAAGAAAUACCUGUGUAUUUGAUGGGCGACAGCAAGAGGGAACCACGAAGCAUUAGAAAAACAAAAAAGGGAGUGCAGACAAGGAAAUGUGAGGUCGCCUUCCCAUACAGUCCCCAAAAUGAAGAUGAGUUGGAGCUGGUGGUUGGAGAAAUUCUGGAGAUCAUUAGAGAGAUUGAAGAUGGAUGGUGGAUGGGCCUAAAACAAGGCAAAGUUGGAGCAUUUCCCUCCAAUUUUGUUAAAGAAAUUUUUGUUUCGCCCAAAGAUGCAAAGCAAAACGAGGGCAAAGCCAGGCCUAAACUGUCUGAUGCCAUGUUCACCAAGGAGAUAUCUCAGCGAGCCAGUGUGAGAAACAAGACAAGGAACAGUGUGGAGUAUUGCCAGGUCAUGUUUGACUAUAAGGCCAAAGCAGCGGAUGAGUUGGAAAUGAAGAAGGGUGACGUUGUAGCCAUACUGAACAAGGAAACGGAAGAUGAAGGCUGGUGGGAGGGGGAGCUGAAAGGCCGCCGCGGCUUCUUUCCUGACAACUUUGUCAUGGUUUUGCCACCAACGGACAGUCUGCAAUAUGGAAGAACAAGUCAGCCACCUGCACGGGGGAACAGUAUAAAAGGCCCAGGUAAGACAAUAGCAUGUUUUCACUUCUGUGCUGCACUUAUUCUGGCAUUGGGCUUAUUCCUUUGGACUGGAUGGACUGUUGUGAAAAGCAGAUGUCAAAAUUGGCAUCAAGAGCCACAGGUUUGGAAUAAGCAGCUGUUCUGUGCCUCUGAGGCUGGAACAACAAUGGAGAAAAAUGAGCAAGCAAAGACUAAAGAAGAGAAACCAGAGCAUAAAGACUUGAGAAGCAACCCUCCAACCAAAGUAAAGCUGCCAACUAUUAAACCCACUCCACCUCCCGUCAAAGAAAAACCUAACAAGCUUGUACCAAUUUCUACCAAUGGGGAUGCAGCUCCCACCUCACCAAAACCGCAGGCGAAAGAGGGUGACCAGUUUGAUGGGAUGGAUGUGCAAACUGAAAAGCUGAGUCAUCCCACAGCUAACAGGGCCAAGCCACCACAAAGGAGACCCCCAACAGCCCUGAGUACUACAGUUCAUACCCAGAGUGCAACAGAUGAAACGGAUGCAGAGCCAUCAGACAAACUGCCCAGCUUUCAGAAGGUAUCAGAAAUUCUCCCAACACUUCCUGCAAAGCCUGAGGUUCCAGUUAAGAUACCGAUUCCAGUUCGACCAGCUUUCCCAAAAAAUGUUGUCGGCAACAAAACCGCGAACCAUAGAGAUGAAGAGCCGAUUAUAGGGAGCCUGCAGGCAGAGAUCAAGGAGCUGAGAAUGGCAUUAGAGCUGUUGCAGACCCGACAUGAACGAGACAUGCAGGAAGUGAAAGAAGAACUGAAGGAGGAAAGAAAUAGGCGACUAGCCUUGCAGGAGGAAGUGAGCAGUUUAAAAGCAAAGCAUUAGACUCUGAUGUUGACUGAGCUUUGCUGGACUUGGGGAAUCCUGCUGGACUGCAAAAUGAGUUUCUUUUUUUUUUUUUUUUAAGUUUACUGAGACCAAGUAAAGGAAGGGGUGAAAAAUAUAAUUCAAACUGAAAAUAUACACAUGAUGUCUACAUUUGAAACUAUUGUUAGGGAUAAGGUAUCCUCUCCUGCACUGGACCCAAGGGAAAGUAUUUCCAAAGAGACUUUGAAAUGACAUGCUGAUAAUUUGCAUAUUUUAAUACUGCACGUAACAGCAGACGGUCCACUAUGGGUGAUGUUUGGAACAAAUGUUUUUACAAUCUUCUGUUUUGAAUGUUGCAUUAUUUUAUUUUUUUUUUUUAACUGUAGCCUACUUUUAAUACCUCGAUAAAGUUUGUAAUAUAUGCAGCUGUAUAUAAAGUGAAAUAUUGUGAAUGUUAAUAAAAUAAAUGCUGGUGUCAAAAACA